AGGGCUUUCUUAGUGUAAAGUAUGAACAAAGAUAACUUGAAUAAUUUAGCAUUGCCAAAAUUCUCUCUUACAAUUUCCUAUUCUUUACUUCUCUCUUUCUCUAUUUUUCUUAAGGCAGCAGAAAUGGCGACUAUGGAAGAAUGGAUAGCUGAACUGGAAAUGGAUGUAAAUCCAGUCCUUUACCACCAAUAUGAUCACCACAGUAAAACCAUGGAAGCUUCCCUCGAUGAACAACUUGCUGCUACACUUGGUGACGACUUCCCUUACCCUCUCUACAACGUUACGAGAGACAUUGCUUCUCCUCAGGAAGAUUUUGAUUGCGAUCUCAUCGAACAAUUUAUAUUAUCGUCCAAUAUCAAUGACGACAACAACAACAACAAUGAUGGCGACAAUAUCGUAAGCUUAAAUGUUCAGGAGAACCAACCAUUGAAGAAGAAGAAAGAGACGAAGAAGCAAGCAGAAGCAGUAAGUGUAAGCACAAAGAGGAAACGACAGCCAAGCCAAGUGCAAGAUCACAUUAUGGCCGAGAGGAAACGUCGGGAAUUACUUAGCCAGUUGUUCAUUUCGCUCUCUGCACUCGUUCCCAACCUUAAGAAGAUUGACAAAACAACGGUGUUAGGAGAGGCAAUCAAACAUAUGAAACAACUUCAAGAAAAAGUUAAGGCACUUGAAGGAGUAGUAGCUGCAAAGAAGACUGUGGAGUCCGUUGUGGUUGUGAAAAAAUCUAAAGUCAUGGUCGGAGACAAUGGCAGUAGCGAUGAUAAUGUUUCUUCGUCGACUGUGGGUGACUAUACAAGCCGAAGUAGUGGCAGUAGCGGUGAUGGUAAUGGUAAUGGUGGUGGUAGUGGUGGUUGUAAUGAUCUACAACUACCGGAAAUCCAGGUUAAGACGAUGGGCAACACGCUUCUCUCAAGAAUAUAUUGUGAAAAACAUAAUGGGAUAUUGGCCAAGUUAUUCACCAAGGUGGACAAACAUAAUUUGAGCAUUACUAGUUUUAGCGUUAUACCAUUUGAAAGCUUUGCCUUAGACAUUACCAUUGCGGCACAGAUGGAAGACGGGUUCAACAGGAAUGUGAAUGAUUUUGUUAGAAGUCUACAUUCCGCCAUUCGAUCGCCAUCAAUAAAAACAAGAUGAUCACUGUUCUUGGAUUGUAUGUUUCAAUAUGUUAUGCUAGCUAGCUACUACGUAGAGAUUUAUUAGUUUAGAUUUUAUUUGUUCAACUUUAAAAAUUCUCCGGAAAGGAACAACGGUUCCAUUUCCAUUUUCUAUACAAGGGAAGGUGGUGUAAAAAAUUGUUUUACACUCUAUUCAAUAAAUAAUAAACUCGUGUAACAUACGUUUUUUUUAGGUAUAAAAAUUAUUAUUUACUCCGUAA